GAAGUAGAUUAGGUAUAAUGUACUGUGACUACAUAAACAAUCUAAAUUUGCAAAUAAAGAAGAAGGAUGGGAUGAGGAGCCAAAACAAGAAAAUGGGAGGUGGAAGAGGGGAUUCACUAGUUAGUUUUCUCAACUGUUAAGACAGCGUGAUUAUACCACUUAGAAAAACAUGGAAUCUUUCGGUGAAACAGGCAAAAUGGUACAUGCUGAAGCCUUCUCUCGUCCUCUUAGUCGGAAUGAAGUUGUAGGUUUAAUUUUCCGAUUGACAAUAUUUGGUGCUGUGACCUAUUUUACUAUUAAGUGGAUGGUAGAUGCAAUCGAUCCAACGAGGAAGCAAAAAGUAGAAGCUCAGAAACAGGCAGAAAAGUUAAUGAAGCAAAUAGGCGUGAAAAAUGUGAAGCUUACAGAGUAUGAAAUGAGCAUUGCUGCACAUCUCGUAGACCCUCUUAGCAUGCACGUAACAUGGAAUGACAUUGCAGGUUUAGAUGAAGUUAUUACAGACCUGAAGGACACAGUAAUUUUGCCAAUCAGGAAGAAACAUCUGUUUCAGAACUCCAGACUCUUACAGCCACCAAAAGGAGUACUUCUCUACGGCCCUCCAGGCUGUGGUAAAACCUUGAUUGCCAAAGCUACAGCAAAGGAAGCAGGUUGCCGAUUUAUUAAUCUUCAACCCUCCACACUGACAGACAAAUGGUACGGGGAGUCUCAGAAGCUGGCUGCAGCUGUUUUUUCUCUUGCUAUGAAGCUUCAACCUUCCAUCAUCUUUAUUGAUGAAAUAGAUUCCUUUCUACGAAGUCGUUCAAGUUCCGAUCAUGAAGCCACAGCUAUGAUGAAAGCCCAGUUCAUGAGUCUCUGGGAUGGCCUGGACACCGACUAUAACUGCCAAGUGAUAGUGAUGGGAGCUACCAAUCGCCCUCAGGAUCUUGACUCAGCUAUUAUGAGAAGAAUGCCCACACGAUUUCAUGUCAAUCAACCUGCACUGAAGCAGAGAGAGGCAAUCUUGAAGCUGAUUUUGAAGAAUGAGAAUGUGGACAGGCGUGUCAAUCUCCUUGAAGUUGCUAAGGAAACAGACGGGUUCUCAGGAAGCGACUUGAAGGAAAUGUGCCGUGAUGCCGCGCUGCUCUGCGUCAGGGAAUAUGUUAAUUCAACAUAUGAAGACAGUAACGAAGAAGAUGAAAUUCGACCCGUGCAGCAGAGGGAUCUGAACCGGGCAAUUGAGAAGAUGAGGAAGUCCAAGGAUGCUACAAAUCAGAGUGUUCUAAUGCACGUUAGUUUAGAUUAAGGCUAAGGAAUGCCCUCACACGGUCUCAUUUGGUGACUUUUUUGUCGUUUAGAUAGUGGAAAUGAAUUGGAAGCAGAAAUAUCCUUUUAAUAAGUGUUGACAGAAUUGUUUUUUUAUAUGCAGAUAUCUUAAGUUAUUGAAAUCUGAUAAUAUUGCAAAAUUGGAUAUGGCCUCUGUAACAGAUCAUGACAUGGGAGAAUGUAGUCUAGCUCAAAAAUAAUGUCUUGCUUCAUGGUUUCAGCCUUAAAAGCCUGUUGGUUGGUUCAAGUAUGGCACAUUGUUUCUUUGGGGAGGAGCAAACUCAGUUCAUGUAUAUAUAUGUAUGAGUGUGUGUAUGAUAUGUAUAUAUAUAUAUAUAUAUCCACACAGUUUUUAUAUAUAGACAUAAUGUGUAGAUAACUUGAAUAUGAAAAGCCUUCUCUCUCUUUUUUUUCUUUUCCCUCUUUUCCUUAAAAAAAACAACCUCAUUUUCAGGAUCAAACCAAGUCAGGGGAUUAAAAUAUUUCAGUAAACAUCUAUUUUUUGUGUAGUACCUUAAUAUGAAGGAAGAAAACCUGCUUCAGGAAAAUAAAUUUCUGGAAUGCAGACAAAUUUGACUUCUUCCAUUUAACUUAUGGUAUCCACUGGUGCCAAUCAGUUUAGGUAGAAAAAACACACAUAAUGCCUCGUGAACCUUUUGAUUUUAUAAGAAUCCAAUACUUUUUUUUAAAUAACUUUUUUUAUAUGGUCACAUGAUAACCAUUAUGGAACAUCAGUAACUGCAUAUUACCAAAAUUUAUUUUUCUACUUCUGAAUUUCUGAACUUCAAAGACCUGGAGGGCUCCUAUUGCUGAAGUUCCUUUAUCACUGUAAGACUAUAUUGUCUCACUUGCUGGUAUCUAUAAGUGGUCACAACAUUAUAACAUUAAGUACAAUGAUCUUAAACAUUUGCUUCAUUUAAUUUCUCCCCUACCUUUGCUCCAUUGAGAAGCUCUCCACAGGUCUUCUAGUGGAUAGAGGGAAUGACAUAACAUUCAGAUAUUCUUCAGUAAUGGUGAGGUGGCAUUUCAGCAUUAAGAGUAAAA